CCUUCAGUUUCAUCAGCUGGGAAAGCAUCACAAUCUAAUCUUCUUCUCUGACACUUCCAAUGGCGACUUUGUUAAACCCUUCUUCUCUUCUUCUACCUUCAAAACCCAUUCUUUCAACUCGUCCUCAGCUCACUCCACCACCUCCUACUGUCCGAGUAAACCCACUGAUUCACCUCCUUCCUUCAUCAUCUAGUACUCGUCCUCCUCGUGUUAUCAAAGCUGCAGCACUUGACAGUGACUAUUCACCCAAGAGGAGCAGCAGCAAUGAGCCAAGGGAAACGAUAAUGUUACCCGGAUGUGAUUAUAACCAUUGGCUUAUUGUUAUGGAGUUCCCUAAAGACCCUGCUCCUACAAGAGAACAAAUGAUUGAGACUUAUCUCAACUCUCUUGGUACUGUUCUUGGCAGCAUGGAAGAAGCAAAGAAGAACAUGUAUGCUUUUAGCACCUCUACGUAUACCGGUUUCCAAUGUACUGUUUCGGAAGAAACCUCAGAGAAGUUCAAGGGAUUGCCUGGAGUUCUUUGGGUGCUGCCUGAUUCCUACAUAGAUGUCAAAAAUAAAGAUUAUGGAGGUGAUAAAUAUAUCAAUGGUGAAAUAAUACCCUGCAAAUAUCCUACUUAUCAACCAAAGGCUAGAAAAGAUUCAAAAUAUGUAAGCAAAAAGUACGAGAGACGAAAAGACGGUCCUCCUGCCGGACAGUUCAGGCCAAAGCAGGCAGCAAGUCAAUCAGAACCAUCAUCUUGACAAGUUCAUGCGUGGUUCCUGGGCAGACAGUACUCGGCAACCGAAUGUCACUGUUAUGCAUGUUUUGGAAACUCAUGCUUGGGGGUUACUACAUAUAUAUUCUAUAAGUCUAGGUCUUUUGUAUUAGUUUUAUUCUCACAUGAACCUAUGAGUUAGUUUUUACAUUAUCAGUU